AUGCCAACACACAAUGGCCACGCCCCUCUGAAGGCCGUGUUGGACUUUUAUUCUUCCAUCGUCACCCUCACUGCUGAAGGAGACUCGAUGGUAUCGGAGGAGACACUUGAAGGUUUAGGUACGACCGGCUUCCUUCUGCAAACCCUCUUUGGAUCCAUUUUGAGGAUCGCAUCCCCUUCGGAUCGUGAGCCCGGCACCACCACCGAGUCUUUUGCUACCGCCACCACCGCCGACGAAGACGGCCGCCCCGUGGUGAUGGUUGUCCCUUCCCAGGAAGGUGCUGCGUCGCCCGUUCCUACCACAGCUGCGCAGCUUCCCACCUUGUCAAAACCGCAGCAAAAUCAACAAACUUCACCAGAUAGCCUCACUUCUGCCACAGAUUCCGCCCAACAGCAAACUUCCUCUACGUCAAAAACAACAACAUCAUCAUCAGGAACCGCGACGACCGCGACAAUAACGCAGGCUGUGAUACCCAUCUCUCCUCCAGGCUUUUCAGGUACCAGCGCCAACAUGAACAAUAUGAACAUGGAGGCAGCGGUGCUGCAGGCGUGCAUCGAGGCCGGAAACGAGAAGCGCACAGGCAUCCUCCGAAGACUCCCCGGCGUCGGCACCUCUCAAGCGAACCAGGUCACAGACAGCAGCUCCGAGCAAGGCUCUAGCUCAGAUGCAACUGUAGCACCCAAGACCAAGAGACUGACUGACUUCGCCCCUGAUCCAGGUUACUUUAUCGCAGGUGCCGUCGCUGGAGGACUAUCGCGGACUGCCACCGCUCCUCUCGAUCGUCUCAAGGUCUACCUGCUCGUCAACACCCGAGCCAGUACCGAGACUGCGGCCUCUGCUCUGAAGCAGGGACGUCCGCUGGCUGCUCUGAACAACGCUGUGCGGCCCUUUAGUGAUGCCGUCAAGGAUCUCUGGAAGGCAGGUGGCAUGCGGAGUCUUUUUGCAGGUGCGUUCAUGCUUAUGCUCAUACUCAUGCUUAUAUAUGCACUCAUGGAUGUCAGCUGCUACUGGCUCAUGGUUUCAUCUGUCUUGUACUCCCUAGAUUGGAAGAUGAUUGGCCAAUUCAAACCGAGCAACUCCUUGAAUCAUGUACUGACUGUCCAAGGCAACGGACUCAAUGUCAUCAAGAUCAUGCCCGAGAGCGCCAUCAAGUUCGGAUCCUAUGAGGCCGCAAAGCGAACCCUUUCUAAGUUCGAGGGACACAACGACCCCAGACAGAUCAGCAGCACCUCAAAAUUCGUGGCGGGAGGUGUAGCUGGCAUGGUUGCCCAAUUCUGUGUAUACCCGCUCGAUACACUCAAGUUCCGGCUCCAGACGUCGACGGUCCAGGGCGGCCUCAGUGGCAAUGCACUUGUUAUCGAUACUGCCAAGAAGAUGUGGCAGGCAGGAGGCAUGCGCAUUGCUUAUCGUGGUGUCACCAUGGGCCUCAUGGGCAUGUUUCCCUACAGUGCCAUUGACAUGGGCACAUUUGAGUUCCUCAAAUCCUCAUACAAGAGAUACAUGGCCAAGUACAAGGGCAUUCACGAGGAGGAUGCCAAGCCGGGCAACAUCAUGACUGGUCUCAUAGGAGCGACCAGUGGUGCUUUCGGAGCGUCAGUGGUGUACCCACUCAAUGUCCUCCGCACCCGUCUCCAGACGCAGGGAACAGUCAUGCACCCUGCAACAUAUACCGGCAUCGUGGAUGUCGCACGGCAGACGUUCAAGAAUGAGGGUGUGCGGGGCAUGUACAAGGGACUCACGCCUAACCUGCUCAAGGUUGCUCCGGCCCUGAGCAUCACAUGGGUUGUGUAUGAGAACUCGAAGAGAAUUCUCGGUUUGGAGUGA